CACAGUUGCUCAUAGAAACAGAUAAAGAUAGAUAUCACACUGAAUCUGAAUUUCCAUUAUUCAAUGAAAAGCCAUAAUUGAAUAUUAUUGUGGGUGCGUUCAUGAUAAAAUAUUUUGCAUUGGGAAACAGGGUGAAAACCACUUAAAUGUUUGAUCUGAAAUAAUUACGUGAUAGGACUGUACUUCCUUGGUGCCAGUCAGCGAAUGAAACUUCCUAGGGCUGAGCUUUUGAAUCUCAACAAUUAAGCAGCAAUUUUAUGGCUUAUGCUCUGAGGUUAUUUAUAAAUGCAAUACUGUGGGCAGCAGAAGCUCUGUAAGCUCCCACCCUCUAAAAGAGAGGGAAACCAAUUCUGUUCCCUUCCCCUGAGGUAACACAUCUCUGCCCACAUUCCUAGAAAACUGAUAAGCCUUCAUUUUCAUUGCCUAGAUAUGGUGAUACCUGGAGAUCUCCUGCCAUUACAGCUGAUCUCCAAAUUACCAAGAUCAUUUUUCCUUGACGAAAUGGCUGCUUUGGAGGGGACUCUGGCAUUAUUCCCUCCCCAAACUUCAUCCUUCCAAGACUCCAGCCCCCAAAUAUCCAGUGCCUGAAACAGUAUGUAGAGCUUUUGAUCAGGGAAGGACUAGAAACUGCAAUUAGCUGCCCUGACGCUACCUGCCCAAAGCGAGGUCACCUACAAGAAAAUGAAAUCGAGUGUAUGGUUGCAUCAGAAAUCAUGCAGAGAUACAAGAAGUUACAGUUUGAAAGAGAGGUGCUCCUGGAUCCCUGUCGGACUUGGUGCCCAUCUUCAUCUUGCCAAGCAGUUUGCCAACUUCAGGAAUCGGGACCUCAGAAUCCUCAGCUGGUACAAUGCCAAUCUUGUGACAUAGAGUUCUGUUCAGCGUGCAAAUCCAUAUGGCAUCCGGGGCAAGGUUGUCAAGAGAAUAUGCCAAUCACCUUCCUCCCGGGGGAGACAAGCUCUGUUUUUAAAAUGGAAGAAGAUGAUGCUCCAAUCAAACGCUGUCCCAAAUGCAAGGUUUAUAUUGAACGGGAUGAAGGCUGUGCUCAAAUGAUGUGUAAAAACUGUAAACAUGCCUUUUGCUGGUACUGUUUGGAAUCACUUGAUGAUGAUUUCCUCCUUAUACACUAUGACAAAGGUCCUUGCCGGAAUAAGCUGGGUCAUUCCAGGGCAUCUGUGAUUUGGCAUAGAACACAGGUCGUGGGCAUCUUUGCAGGUUUUGGUCUGCUGUUGUUAGUGGCUUCUCCUUUCCUUUUACUCGCGACGCCGUUUGUUCUCUGCUGCAAGUGCAAGUGUAAUAAAGGAGAUGACGAUCCGCUGCCGACUUAGAUGGAGCGAAGAUGGGACUGGUUCUAUGCAGUAUGUUUCCCACCCCUGCUUGCUCUUGACAUUGAGUUUAGUCUCACUAGACCCAAUUCUGACUUCAAGCAAGACCUGAGGUGCCGUGACCUAGCAGCUACCACAGCUGCUUAUUCUCAGUACCAAGAAAGAGUCUGGCAUUCCAGGUGUUCCCGUGUGUUUAGGGGCAGGCAUAAAACAAGCUGUACAUCAGAAAUGUAUGCAUAGGUAACACAGGCUGUUUCUUUGUUGGCCCUGAGGCUCCUUUGGCAAACUCGGAACUGAGUUGGUCUUAUGAAAUGAAACUUUUCACAUAUCAAUUGGAUCAAACUGGGGUGUCCCCCUGCUAAACCAAUGUGCUUUCAUUACCGCUUGCCAUUUUAAUAUCAAUCAGUUUUAGUAUCACUUUUAAAAGCAUUUAUUUUCUUACAACUGGAUCUCUGUUACAGUUGCCACUGGAAAAUAUGUGAACCCACCAAACAUACAAACAGUAAUAACAGAAGUCCAGUAAAACUAUCCAUUGCCUUUGGCAUUUCAGAGCAAGAGAUUUGAGUUAUAACGAAAGACCUGCUAUCCAGUCCAGGUUGUUUUUUAAAAAUGUUGGAAUUAUUACUCCUUUUUUAUUUUCCUGGAUAUUUUUCUUUCUUGGCUGUCAGUUACCUUCAACACCAAUAGGGCUACCUAACUUCUAAUCCAGGUAUCUUCUUUUGUAGAGAUGAUUCUGUUGAAACCAAAAGAGAUGUUCUCCUAAAUAUUAUGAAGAUUCAAGGUAUGAGACAUCUGUCUUGGUCCACAGAUAUUGAUGUAAUUAAGGACACGAUCCUUCCCCACUCAAGCAUAACUUGUUCCACAGGGCCAAUCGUAGGGCUAAACUUCUUUUUAUCCUGCUGGCCUUCGGGCCCCUACCGCAAAUGCAGAAUAAUGCACUUUCAAUACACUGUCACAAUGGUUUGCAAGUGGAUUCUGCACAGCUGUAAAGUGCAUUGAAAGUGGAUUGAAUGUGCAUUAUUCAGCAUGUGCGGAAGGGGCCUUGGUAUCUGCAUUCACACAAGCAUACUGACCACUACGCUAAAUGGGAUGCCUCUCAGAUAUUCAUGCAUUCCUCUUGGUCUUUCCCAGCAUCCCACUUGUCAAGCUACUUGAACCCUAUGCAGGCCUAUAUUGACAUCCUGACCUUUGCGGAGGAUGGGGAGGGAUCAGUGCUCAGUUUCUUUUUCUGUUUAAUGGCUAGAGCACACUGAGCCCUAUCUAGGAAGUGGGACAGGAGUUUCCGUAACCCUUGUGUCUGUCUAGCCCAGCAACACUGAACUGCAUUUUUAGAGAGAAGGCUCAUAUUCCAGAGUACUAAAUUUGUUUGUAUUACUAUCAGCAGCUGCAUCCUAUUAACUGAGUAUGAAAACUUCUGAACUUUUUUUUUGCUUCAUCUAAUGAAAUGCCUGCAAUGAUUGUAUGUAAGGUCUGUUAAACAUGUUAAAUAUUUAGUCCACUUUCCAAUCAGUUAUAUCUCAUGCUGUAUGAUACUGUGGCAGUUAUUUUCUUAAAGGACUUAUUUUCUUAAAGGAAUACCCAUUUCCCAUUUUAGAUUUUGAUUGCUUUUCUGCUUUCUUGUUUCAUCUGUUACAUAAUUUGAAGGGCUGAACUUCUACAGAGGGAGUCAAAUAUGGAAGUCAACAUACCUGAUAUCUGUUGGGGUUAAGCAGUGUUUCCCCACCUGGGGUAUGCGUACCCACCAGAGCAGGGGUCUGCAACCUGCGGCUCUUCAGAUGUUCAUGG